AUGCUUGAGCCUCUGCCACUGAUUGAACGGUUGGGCAAUAGCGUCUGCGCCUUCCUCAAGCCUCCCGAGGUCCCUUCGAAAAAUACUAAUAAGAUCCUUGAACGCCGAGAUUCAUAUUUCUCCAUCACUAGCCGUCGAUGUCUAUUUAACCGGGCCCCCGGUGAGUAUUGCAAAGACCGCUGCAUUAGUGGGCCGUUGUCCGGUCUACCAUCCUCCGGUUGGGGGAAGGCGGAGCACUCUGCGCCGGAUUUGGAUUGUAGCACAAUUGCUCCCGCUGAAGGAGUAGAGAUGUGA